AUGUCCAAGAGUGGUCAAAUUAAUUUACAUCACGUACUGAGUGAUCCAUUGGCGAGCAGUUAUUUUCUAACAUUCAUGUCCUUGGAUUUCACAACAGAAAAUCUGCUCUGCUAUUAUGAAUUGCAAUCAUUGUUGGAUUAUUUACAGUAUGCUGAGAAGAAGGUGAUUUGGAAGAUUGAAACGAAUGAAUUUGGAGAAUUGAAUGAUUAUAAUACGAAUCUUUCGUCUGCAUUUGAGAAUAUCUUGUAUAAAAAGUAUGACAGAUCGAGUUCUAGAGCAAGUUUUUCAAAUUCUUUUAGAAAUUCAUGGAAUAGUGAUACGAUGAGUCAAUCUGGAAGUGCAAGUGGAAGUAAUUAUAGUGUACAGAAAACUUUGGAAUCUAGGGAAAUGAUUUCUAGGGCUAUUAAAUUUAGGAAACGAUUUUUGGAAAGAAAUUCAGAACAUGAAAUUAAUUUACCUGGAAAAGUUAAGGGAAAAGUUUUGGAUUUUUUAUCACAGGUUGAAGUGGUGAGUGCUAAAUUUGAUCAAGCAUUGGAGAAUUAUGAACAAAUUGAAAUGAUUAGAGAGUUUGCCUCUCAAUUGAGAAAUUCACUUAUUGAUCUCAAAUUGGAACUUUUAAGAAAUUUAGAAGAUCCAUUCAGGAGAUUCACAACAAAUAAUUUAUAUUAUGAAUGUUUUGCAUUGUUUCUCUCUUCUCAGGGUGAUGAUUCAUUUCACAGAAAUAGAUUACUGAAUGCCAACAAUAAGGAGAAGGUCAUUAUCCUAAAUCAACCCUCUGAGGAUGAUCAGAGACUCAUUGAAAUGAAUAAGAAAUUGCAACUUUUAGAAACUAAGCAUCCACUAACAGUUGUAAAGAAUAUUCUGGAACACCUUCAACAACAUUUAUCCAUGAAAGAGCUUUACACCAUAGCUCAACAAGAUACUAAGAAGGUUAUUGAUUUGAAUUUUACAAAGUUGAAUGAUGAAUUCAUUAGCAUGUGGGAUCAUUUUAUUUUGGAGACCUAUUCAUUGAAUCAUGUUAAUUUAGAUUUAAUUAAGGAUUCUGAGGAGGAAAAACUGGCAUUCUUCUUGAACUUGUAUAAUUUACUUCUCAUACAUGCCGUUUGCUCUGUUCGAUCCCUUCCAUUAUUGGAAAUUUCCAAAGUAAUUUUCUUUUCAAAGACACAUUACAGAGUUGGAGGCUAUCUAUUCUCAUUAUCUGAUAUUUAUGAAGGAAUUCUCCAGAGAAACUCCUCAAAGACUAUUCUAUUUGGAAAGAGAUUUAAAGCAAACGAUCCUAGGAGAGCUUUCUCACUCAAGAAGGCCAAUAUUUCCAUCUAUUUCGGUAUUGUGGACUUGUCCUUAUUCUCAGCACGAUUGCAAAUCUAUGAUCCCUCAACAGUGUAUCAACAAUUGGAGGAGAAUAUUAUCAUGUUCUUUGCAAAGAAUUGUGAAAUCAAACAUCAUGGUAACACGACAAUGGUAGUUCUCCCUCAAACAUUUAAGGAAAAACUGAUAGACCUGAAAACGUUCGAUGGAAAUGAAACAAAAGCAGUGGUUGAGAAUCUCUUAUUCAAAUACCUUCCAGAAGAAAAGAAAAUGUUAGGUCUGCAAGGAGAGUCUUAUGAAUUUUCAUAUUCUCCCAACAAGUAUUCACCACCAAAUUGGAUGGUUAUCAUGACAAAUGAAAAGGGGAAGGAAAUAUGCGAUAAUUUCAAACUGGAUUGUGAAUCAGCUAACAUUACGAUCAUUACCCAAGAAGAUUCACAGAGCAGAAAUCUGUUCAAUAGACAAAAGAAGAAAUCGCUCUAUUCUUGGCAAGAUGAAACAUUCCAAAAAAGUGAAACAUCUAUUGUUGAUAAAAUCCUCCUCAAAAAGAAUGAUUCCAAAUGUACUAUUUGUUGA